AUGCGUCGUCGCGCGGCGCUCGCGGGCUGGCUGCUGCUGGUGCUCCAGACGUGUGCGGAGAACCGCACGGGCCGCCAGCUCCUCGUGCGCGACGAGGCGCACCUCGAGCGCGCGCUCAAGAAGAAGCCGCGGCGGAUCAAGGUCGGCGCGGGGCUGCCCUGGGCCAAGAAGGCGCGGAGCAGCCCGCGGCCGUCGCCGCGCCCCACGCCCGCGGCCCCGGCCUUCGGCGACGCGCCGCCGGGCAGCGCCGCGACCUACGCGCGCUACCACGGCAUGUUCCACUGCACCGUGGGCAGCCCGUGCCCGUCGUACAGCGCGUCGUUCCUCGCGUCCAAGGCGCAGCUCCUCGACAACCCGGUGACGCCCCAGAAGAUGCGCCGCAAAAACACGAACAUGGAGACGGCGUCCUACCACAGCAUGGGCUCCGGCGGCGCCUACGACGUCUGGCGCACCGUCGACGCCCUGGACUACGCCGUCGAGCACCUGAGCAUGCGCGAGCCCGCGUUCGAAUCGCAUCUUCAACCCGACUUCGAUGUGAUCGCAUGCGACCACAGGUACGAGCGCAUGAUCCACUCGCAGAAGACGGGCGCGGACAAGGCGUCGGCCAUCGGCGACGCCGUCUACGGCGCCUUCGUCGACCGCCUCGCCGCCUACGAGAAGCGCCUCAAGGAGAAGUGCGGCGGCGACGACCCGGCGCUGCGGAGUCAAGCCCGCGACACGGACGCACUGAAAACGGUCGGCGUCAUGCCGCUCUACGCCGCGGGCCACGCCGACGCGUCGGGCGAGGCGGACAAGGACUCGCUCCACGGCGCGGGCAGCGGCCACACGCGCUACGAGUCCAAGGCGCUCUACCUCAACAUCACGAUCCGAUCCGUGCGGUGCCACUUCGGCGCCGUCGCCGUCUCCGCGCUCCACCCGGGCGACCGCGCGUACCUCGAGCGGGGCGAGGGCCUGCCCGUCAUCGACGACGUCCUCUGGGUCGACCCGGACCACCUGCCCGUGAACAAGCCGUCGUUCCUCGGCGUCGCGACGGUCCGCGCGAUCCAGCGGCGGUGGACGAACGAGACGACGCCGCUCUGGGACCAGCUCGCCUACGUCCACUACACGGAGGCGGACCAGGUCGUCCACGUGCGCGCGCGCCACCGCCACAAGUUGUACGCGCCGCUGAAACGGACGAAGGCGGACGCGAAGAAGCUGUCCGUCGUGACGCCGCACCGGCUCAACGCGGUGCCGCGGUCCCAGGACUUCGAGCCGCUCCGCGCGGCCUUCGACGCGCCGUCCUACGGCCACAACCUGCCCGAGGACCCCGGCGACGAGCUCUUCGCGGACCUCGAGCGGCGCGCGGCGGCGCUCCGGCGCGACCGCUACGGGCUCAAGGACGACUACGCGCCGAAGCGCGACUUCUGGCACCGGAACCUCUUCGGCGAGACGAGCCGCGCGGGCGGCGGCUGGGUGCGGCGCGAGCUCGAGGGCUACGGCGCGAAGCGGAUGCUGUCCGUCGGCGACGACCUCCGGGACGGGUCCUGCUGCUACCUGAAGCGGGGCGAGACCGAGUACCCCUACAACCGGCGGGGGAAGCGGGCCGGCGUCCGCGUCGACCCGUCCAAGGCCGGCGACUACGAGUCGCACCCGUUCAGCGACGAGUCCGUCGACCGCGACUCGCCCGUGGAGCUGCUCGCCCUCGGGGACCACGGACUCGGCAUCCUCGCCGCGCUCUGCUGCCACAUCUGCGCGCGCAAGUCGAAGCUCGGCCGCCACUGCGACAACUACUGCGUCCCCGCGAAGCCCGGCGACGAGGACUGCGCCGUCGGCGCCUUCGCGGACCCGGCCUAA